AUGGAAACGGGAUGGAAAGAUCUGGAACUGUCGUUACUGGAACGGCCUUUUCUGGAUGUAACAACCACAGUCAAAAGGAAGGAGGAAAUGGACGAAGUCUUGACUAAGACUUUUGAAGAUUUCAUGCUGAACUUAUUACAAAUCUAUGGCUUACAAUGCGUCGAGGAAAAAUGUUCUGAAAUUCUCGAAAAAUUCAUCAGCGGAAAUCUCCAAGAUGUACAGUGUGGAUCUGUGACAUUCAUUUUUCGCAUCGAGAGUCGGGAGGGUCUGGACAAGCUGUGGAGUAUGUACACCACUGGAGAACUCGCUAAUAAACUAACAAAGAUUUUUAUUACGGAUGAACUGACAACGGAAGAUAAGAGUGACUUGGCUAUCCAGGCGACUAUACUGGAAAGCGACUACAAACGGGCCUGCAGAUUCUUUGACGAGUUGGAAAAAGACAAGGCAGUACCGAAGUCAUAUAUCAGCACCCAAGUGUUCCCAGGGCAUUUCAUGCUGCCUCUUCUGAUCAACAAGGAGAUCAACAUCGACACAACCAUCGUGGAGACAAAGUUACGAGAUCUCGAUCAUUUCCUGAGAGUGAAGACUGGGCGUCCCGAGGAGCUUGCCAUCCUCAACGUAAAGGGUCUCCUGAACCUCCGCCUUCACCGCUACGAGGAGGCGCUUGACUGUUUCCACGCAGUCCUGGCGAAAGACCCGGAUAACCUGAACGCCCUGGCCAACCUCCAAUAUGUCUUGGAGAAGCUCUUCAAAUUGGCCGAGGCAGGGAACUACAGGGAGAUGUGGCACCGUCUUCUUCGCCCGGUCGAAAUGGCGACCCAAAGAGAUGAUUCAAUUAUUGUUAAAGCACUGAGGAAGCAAAGACGUAUUCAAGCCAGGUGCUUAGCCGAACAGGCAUAUGCACACACCUUCGACAUUCACAGUGAAAACGUCUCAGGGCAAAGGCACAUGCAGUCAAUAGAGCUGUACCAGAAGGCUCUUCAAUUGGGUGGAGAUGUCACCGACGAAGAGCAACAUGAGUGGAAAUUUUGUAUGGCGAUAAAUGAACACAAACUGUUUACCUUCUUGCCUUACCAUAACCAACCUGAUCAACAUGAUCCCAAGGUCCACCUUGAACAUGCACUGAAGUUGUUCUCUGAUCUUGUUGUAGGAGGGGGUUCUGUUGACAAGGAGAUUCAGUGGGAUAGCUGGUGUCAUUUGGGGGAUAUUUUCAGGACUAUGAAACAGAGACAUAUGCAACAAAAUGUGCCACAUGAGAUGAGAAAAUACACAAAGGAUCCGGAACAGUGUAUGACAAAAGCCAUGGAGAUCUCACCCGACAACCCGAGGCUCUUGGUGCGCUACGCAAACGUCCAUUACUCCCUCAACAAGGACAGAGCAAAAUCUCUUGAACUAUUGGACGCGUCUUUAAAAUCCGAUGCGACUAACUGGAAAGCCCUGUCCACGCGAGCCACGAUCAAUAUGAAACAUUAUAACUCUCAGCAAAAGCAAGACCGUCCUGAACUGAGAGAUAUUCUGGACAGCGCCAAAGGUGAUCUUGAGAAGGCACUAUCCAUGAAUGUCACACCCUGGGAUCUGACCCAACUUGGACAGGUUUAUUAUCGCCUUGCAAAAAAUCACACCAAAGAGGAAAUAGCAAAAAAGUCUCUCUUUCAGAAAGCCCUUGUAUGUUUCUCGAAGUCAGUAGAUUGUCCAGAUGGUAACAACAGAACUGACGUGCAUUUCUUGCGGGGCCUCUGUCUUUUUGACAUCGAGGAAAAAAGGGCGGCGAUCGGUUGCUUUAAGCAAGCGAUUGCAUGUGAGGCUCCGUACCACAAAAACACUCGUAACUUUAACGAAUUGCUCAGAGUAUACUUGAGCAUACUCCAAGAGGAAAAUCCCCCAAAGGACGAGUCUAUCCUGGCAGAGACAGCCUUUUUCUUGAAGAAGGCGCUAAAGAAAUAUGGCCAAUAUAACAUGAGUAAGUACUGUAUCAGUAAGUUCACAGUUGAGCACAAGAAAGAGCUGCUGUUGCUCUUGGGUUACUGUAGAAAGUAUGGUGAACUCAAUGAGCUCGUGUCUUUGUUGGAGAAAACAUCAUUUGCAACACCACGUUCUCCACUACACAUUCAUGAGACACCACGUGCACCGUUCGGUCAUGGCAUGAGGUCUGCUAAAAUAUCAAGCAUCUCGCAUGAUGGACGCCCUAUGCUUCGUACAUUGCGUUAUGAAGGGGCAGGGACCCCACAAGAAGAGGUGGACAUGCAGAAUACAGGAGCCAGCGUCACGGGUGGGCCAGCGGAGGAAGCAUCGCCAACCAUCCAAGAACCUGCAGAGGAGGUCAAGGAGCAACCAAUCAAGGAAGCACCAAAGGAGGCCCGCGUCCCUGAUUUCAAGUAUGAUUUCAUCGUGGUCUAUCCUAAGAGCGAGAGAGACUGGGUGUCCUACGACCUGCUGAACGAGCUGGAGGCGGUCCGGAACCUGAAGGGGUGCACGCGUGACAGGGCUGCCCUGGCUGGAUCAAUGAAGAUCUCAAGUGAGAUCAAUCUAAUGAAGGAAAGUGCCAGCAUCUUAUUGGUCAUCAAUCAAGAUUUUAUGUCUGAGUGCGAGGCUUCCAUGAACUACGCGCUCAAGCUGAGGAAAGACAAACAGCGCAGUCGUGUGGUAAUACCGGUGCUUCGGGACGACUCAGAGAUCCCUGAUGAAAUCGACAUGUUGUUGAACCCAUUCACUGCAGCAUCUGGUCCGGUUAACUGGGACAGGUUGAAAUUUUCCAUCGAGCAACAAAUUUAGAACAGCCUUUUUCAUCCCAAAAGACACUCAUGUUACAGUCAUCUUUGUCAAUACGUAUUUCUGUGUAGUAAUUUGAUGUACGAAUACGUUUUUCAAGUAUUUGAAGUCUUCGCAAAACGAGGGGGGCACAAUCAUACUUUUUCAAAUUUUUAAAAAGAAUUUCAAAAAUUUGGCAGAUAUGGUGCAAGCUAUCACAUGUACGUGGUGCGACAACCGCAGGAGCUGGGGCGCUUCACUUUUAUGCGACUUUUUUUGUCAAAAAGAGUAAUCUCGGGGGUUAAGGAUCUGGCAAAUCUUUAAGGCCGCAUCCUUGAUCAAAGCAAGCAAGAUCUUGUCCGUUUCCAAAAACGACCGAUGUUUUCCGAAUAAGUUUUCGUUCACACUCAUAAUUAUGUUGGCAAAAGCUCCGGUACCCCUCUGGCUUUGUAUUAUAUUGUAUUAUUCAUCAUCAAAAUACCUGUCAUUGUUGUUAUCAAAUACAGCUUCGAAUUCACUAAAUUCAGUGCCAUGUAUGAUGCACAGUACAUGUCUUUAUUGUAGGGGAGACUGGAGCUAGUUGUUACCGGGGCAGGUUGUUUAAUACAGAGUCGAAUGUUUGAGACAAAGCGAUUGAGAGCUGCGCUCAUUCUCCUUUCUUAUGACUGUGGGUCAACUUUGUCACAUGCGUGUUGGAGGUAAAGCCGUUGUAUCGUAAGAAAAUUAAAAGUGUGUUUUUGGACCUCCAAAUAUUUUUUAAAUUAUUUUUGGUAACUGUAUCAUCUAUAGAUAGAGAAGUAUGACUCUACCUUUUUCAUAAUGAACUUAAGUCCUAGCAUCCCUUAGGCAUAAUGGCGUGGAUUCCUCCCAAAGGCAAAGUAGUUAUACAUGUGUUAAUUAAAGUUAAUUAAGUACAUUUACCAUUAUAGGGUAGGUUGUUACGCUAUAAUUCAUCGAAUAUUUUUCUUGUGUGAGUGAAUAAAUUAAUCUUUAAUGCAACUAAACACGAUCAGAAGGAAUCAAACAAUCAAGCACAAUGGACAUGAUCAAAAAGUUGUUCUGAAAAGAGAGCCUGUGCGACCAAAAUAACUCCGAUACAAGAGAAAUAACCAAUGUGGAUUUCAAAAUUUCAUGAAACAAAGAACACAUGGAAUAUACACUUAAUAUCUGUUGAAUGCUCAUGUCAGAAUAAAGCACAUAAAAAGAACAAAAAGAUGAAGGCGAAACACAAAAUGCUUAACUAGACAUGUGAAUAUAUUGUUUGUAAUUAAGUAAAAAAAACCCCA